AUUUUCCUUGCAGGCUUCCUGAUGGGAUUCUGGGUCGUCCUUCGGUAGGAAACAUAGUUAUGUUUGUACUGUGGUGCAGUUAUGGAUGUAGUAAACUGUUUGGAUGUGCUUGGGAAAAGAGAGACUAUUAUUGCAUAAAAUAACACUGCAUCAGCUGAUCGUGAAGCCAGAAGAGGAAAAACCAUAGUUUCUGAUUCACCAUUUGUCACCUGACUCAAACAAGCUCUCCUCCACAUUCUUCUCAUUUAUAAAGUGCUUUAAAAGCCCAAACAUUACAGCUAACAGCUGGAUUUUCCCGUUUGAGUGCGGCUAGCCAAACAACGAGGGGCCACUUACUGCUAAAGAGACAGAAAGUGACAGUGGACAGUAUAUCCUAGGGUUUAACAUCAAACUCAUUGUUGCAGCCAAGGACAGCCCAGAAGUCAUCCCUUUAAACUGAUUUUUAGUUUUAGUGUUGUUAUUUUUCUCUCAGUUAUUGAUUCUGUUAGUAGUUAAUGUGGCAGGAUGAAUGUUAUUCCUCGGUUCAACCCACUUUCAGCCUGGCGCAUUAGGGGGCGCUAGUAUAAAUAGUGGCCAUUUGAGCAUUCCUGGAUCGCUUACCUGUGAUCUCCUUUUUGAUCACCUGACUUCCCUUGGUGUUGCAGAGAUCCUCUGCGGGUUACCCUUCUGAAGCCUCCAUCGCAGCUGGUAGGUGUGUUUACUCAGUGUAGUGCGUAUAUUACCUUACUGGGUGGUAAACAGAUAUUGUUUUUAGGUCGUAGCUGUAGAAGCCUCCUAUGAGCCACUCUGCUCAUGAUUCAUGACGCUGUUUACUCGAUGCGGAGCGCCGACGUGGAGGAGACUAGGGUGCUUUGGUCGUGGGAUCCUUUGAGUGUACACACCUGCCUUGUUUAGUUUAUUAGUGUGAGUGUGUGAUAGUGUGCUGCACUUGUUUUCUUUUCUUUUUUUUAGUUUGUGCGUGGCAUCCCUGCCCCUCCACUGGUAAGCCUCAGCUCUGAAUACCUCUUUUAAGCAUAUUUGUACAUUGAUAUUUAUGAUUGUGCUUUUAUACGUUGUUUUAAAUAAUUAUUAAUAAAUUGUUAAACUGUUUUAUCAUUGAACCUCGUCUCUGUACUGAGUAUAGCGAACCUAAGUGCCUUUUUGGUGAUUUAGUGUUACUUCCAGUAUUCUCUGGGUGAAAUUCCCAGGGUGGCGUUGUCUUUUAAACUGUGAAGAGUAUUUACUUUAUUCCCACCUCGUGCUGCCACAUUAACUAACAUAAACUAAUGUAAUGCUAUUGGCAGUCUAAUGACAGCAACUGUCAUGUUACGUACUGACAGAAGAUAGCGCUAAACAUGUUUUUAAAACUUUGAGUACUUAAUUCCUAAAUCCAGGUACACAGUGUAACAACCGUUGUUGCGGCAUAGCACCACUAGGGGAUGUCUUUCCACUUGUGGUAGGAGAGGAGACCCCUAGAGAGUGUGCGGCCCAUAGCCAUUAGAGACAAGCAUGUUGCUGUCUCCUCACCUGUGAGUGAGGAAGACCUUACCCUUGUAACAGUAUAACUCAGGUACCUGUGUUCAGGACAUCUAGACCAGCUAUAGUACUGCCUCGGAGACCUGGCUAGUAUAGUCUUGUUAGUUAUUGGUACCUGACUAGCCUCUGAGUGGUCUGAUUAACUUCCUGGUGCACACCCGCUAGCCCUGCUUGCCGCUCUACACCCAAGAGAUCACUGUUACUACAGACAGUGUUACAUCUAUGUCAGUUUUUGAGAGCAGGGUGUUGCUGCAUCAGAAGGCGAUAUGGCAGGUGAUGGUUGCUCAUGUGGCAGAUGUGGCCAAACCAUUGCAGUCGUCCCUUCUGGAUCAGCUCUUCCUGGCUUCCUGGUGACAUUGGGCUGCUGGUGACAUUGACUACGUAUCACGCUGUUGCUGAGAUGGUCACAGAGGGACAAUUGGAGAAUCUGACGCAAACAGCGCAUUUGGAAGACCUCGAGUUUGUUGAGGUCGUGCUUGAGGAUGACCCAGACCGCAGAUCCAUAGAGAAGAAUGGGCAAUACCAGUGUGCAUUACAGGCAGAUUUUGGUGAUGAGGGUGACGUUUGUGUUCUUCCAGAUUCACCAUCGGAGGGAGGCAAAAGCCGCCAAUUGACCGAUUCUUGACUGUAUUUCAGCUAUUGAUGCCACUUUCUUUUCUUGCACCAGUGAGCCGAAGUAUUUGGAUUCCUGCGCUUGUUCAAUUUUCACGCCUUUGAGAUGCACGGUGCCUGGCGACCCGUCAGUAGUAAGGUCUUCUCGAAACUGAUCUGGUGGCCAUAUGGUUGAGCAAAUUGGGCGACGUCGUGAAGGAUGCUUUCCUCUGCAAUUUUUUGCUCUUCUUCAUCCACUUCAUCUAGAUCAGCUAGUAGGGCAAAACAAUUCAACAAAGCAAGUUGGAAUUCUUGGCGGCGUCCAUUGUCUGUGAGCUGUUUCCUGUCCAGCCUGGGCGACCUAGGUGACGUCCACUUAGCGUGCUGGAGUUUCAAGGUAGUGAUCGGAGCCACAGUCUAAAUGAGGACAACCAUCUGGGUUUUUAUCAGGAUGCAGCAACAGAGAGCAGAGUGCUCUAAACAUAGUUGUGUGUCCAUGAAAAGUGAGCAGUCUAUGGAUAAACCUGCUGUGUUUAAAGAUGAACAACAUCCCGAUGUACGACUUCUGCAGAAGAGCUCAAAUGUUUCCGGGGAUCUGUCUGCUUUGGGGGAGCGUAAACAGUUAAAUACCAUAUUUUGGAUGCUCAAGUCAGAAAUUUUUACUUUCAUUCGGAAAGAGCUAGAGAAGAUGCAAAAGCUUCUGAGCUCAGAUUGUCCAGAACACUUUGAAAAUCAGUUGAAGGAUGGGGAUUUCUUGGAGGAUGAGGACGAGGAGAGCAGCAGCACCAGAGAUGCAUUUUUGAGGAUCACAACGCACUUUCUGAGGAGAAUGAAACAGGAGCAGUUGGCUGACUGUCUACAGAAUAAAACUUUGACUGCAGUUUGUCAGCGUAAACUUAAAUCUAAGCUGAAAAAGAAAUUCCAGUGUGUAUUUGAAGGGAUUGCUAAACCAGGAAACUCAACCCUUCUGAAUCAGAUCUACACAGAGCUCUACAUCACAGAGGGAGGGACUGCAGAGGUCAACGAUGAACAUGAGGUCAGACAGAUUGAUUUGGCCUCCAGGAAACAAGACAGACCAGAAACAACAAUCAGACAAGAAGAUUUUUUUAAAGCCUCAACUGGAAGAGAUAAACCAAUUAGAACAUUUCUUACAAAGGGAGUUGCUGGCAUUGGUAAAACAGUAUUAACACAGAAGUUCACUCUGGAUUGGGCAGAAGAGAAAGCCAACCAGGACAUCCAGUUCACAUUUCCAAUCACUUUUAGGGAGCUAAAUGUGCUGAAAGAGAAGCAAUUUAGCUUGGUGGAACUUGUUCAUCACUUCUUUGCUGAAACCAAAGAAGCAGGAAUCUGCAGCUUUGAAGAUUUCAAGAUUGUAUUUAUCUUUGAUGGUCUGGAUGAGUGUCGACUUCCUCUGGACUUCCACAACACUGAAAUCCUAACUGACCCUAGAAAGUCCGCUUCAAUGGAUGUGCUGCUGACAAACCUCUUUAGGGGGAACCUCCUACCUAAUGCUCACCUCUGGAUAACCACACGACCUGCUGCAACCAGUCAGAUCCCUCCUAGGUGUGUUGACAUAGUAACAGAGGUCAGAGGGUUCACUGACCCACAGAAAGAGGAGUAUUUCAGGAAGAGAUUCAAAGAUGAGGAGCAGGCCAGCAGGAUCAUCUCUCACAUCAAGACAUCACGGAGCCUCCACAUCAUGUGCCACAUCCCAGUCUUCUGCUGGAUCACUGCUACAGUUCUGGAGGAUGCACUAAAAACCAGAGAGGGAGGAGAGCUGCCGAAGACCCUGACUGAUAUGUACAUCCACUUCCUGGUGGUUCAGGCCAAAGUGAAGAAGGUCAAGUAUGAUGAAGGGGGUGAAACAGAUCCACACUGGAAUCCAAAGACCACAGCAAUCAUUGAGGCUCUGGGAAAACUGGCAUUUGAACAGCUGCAGAAAGGAAACUUGAUCUUCUAUGAAUCAGACCUGAGAGAGUGUGGAAUUGACAUCAGAACAGCUUCAGUUUACUCAGGAGUGUUCACACAGAUCUUUAAAGAAGAGAGAGGACUGUACCAAGACAAGGUUUUCUGCUUCAUCCAUCUGAGCAUUCAGGAGUUUCUGGCUGCUCUUCAUGUCCAUCUGACUUUCUUCAACACUGGAGUCAAUCUGUUGCAAGAUCAAGAAACAACCUCCAAUACGUCUGAAAUAAGAGAAUGUACAGAGACGCACUUCUACCAAAGUACUGUUGACAAGGCCUUACUGAGUCCAAACGGACACCUGGACCUGUUUCUCCGCUUCCUCCUGGGUCUUUCCCUGCAGACCAAUCAGGCUCUCCUACAAGACCUCCCAACACAGACAGGAUGUAGUUUACAGACCAAUCAGAAGGUGGUCCAGUAUAUCAAGGAGAAGCUCUGUGAGAAUCUGUCUGCAGAAAGAAUCAUCAAUAUGUUCCACUGUCUGAAUGAACUGAAUGAUCAUUCUCUAGUGGAGGACAUCCAACAGUCCCUGAGUUCAGGAAGUCUUUCCACAGAUAAAUUGUCUCCUGCUCAGUGGUCAGCUCUGGCCUUCAUCUUGCUGUCAUCAAAAAAAAAGCUGGAUGUGUUCGACCUAAAGAAAUACUCUGCAUCAGAGGAAGCUCUUCUGAGGCUCCUGCCAGUGGCCAAAGCCUCCAUCAAAGCUGUGAUGAAUGGCUAUAACUUGACAGAGAGAAGCUGUGAAGCUCUGUCCUCAGUUCUCACCUCCCAGUCCUCCAGUCUGAGAGAGCUGGACCUGAGUAACACCACCCUGCAGGAUUCAGGAAUGAAGCUUCUGUCUGAGGGACUGAAAAGUCCAAACUGUUCACUGGAAACUCUCAGACUGAAUGGCUGUAACUUGACAGAGAGAAGCUGUGAAGCUUUGUCCUCAGUUUUCACCUCCCAGUCCUCCAGUCUGAGAGAGCUGGACCUGAGUAACACCACCCUGCAGGAUUUAGGAAUGAAGCUUUUGUCUGAGGGAUUGAAAAGUCCAAACUGUUCACUGGAAACUCUCAGAAUGAAGCCUGCUGAAGUUCAAUGGUUGAGACCAGGUCUGAGGAAGUAUUCCUGUGAACUCACACUUGACACAAACACAGUAAAUGGAAAUCUCAAACUGUCUGAUAACAACAGAAUGGUGACGUAUAUGUAUAAGGAUCAGUCAUAUCCUGAUCAUCCAGACAGAUUUGGCCACUGGCCUCAGCUGCUAUGUAGAAAUGGUCUGACUGGCCGUUGUUACUGGGAGGUUAAGUGGAGAGGAGAUGUUCAUAUAUCAGUGAGUUACAAAGGAAUUGGAAGAAGAAGAGACACGGACUGUUUGUUUGGAAGGAAUGAUCAGUCCUGGAGUUUGCGAUGCUGUGAUGGUUAUUCCGCCUGGCACAAUGGGAAAGAAACAGUCAUUUCCUCCUCCUACUCUAUCCCUGACAGAGUAGCAGUGUAUGUGGACUGUCCUGCUGGCACUCUGUCCUUCUUCAGAGUUUCAUCUGGCACUCUUAUCCACCUUCACACCUUCAACACCACAUUCACUCAACCUCUUUAUGCUGGAUUUGGGUUUGGGUGGUCUGGUUGGUGCCUCAGUUUCUUUGGUCUCAUAGAGGAAUGACACUUUUGUCAGUUCAAUUUGUAAGUGAUCAUACAGCUAAUUCCACAUAGCUGUGUCUAAUUCCACUCUGCAUCUAAGUUGUACUUCUCUCAAGACAAAGAAGGCAAAAUGGCACCUGUGUUUGGCUGUGCCGCUGCCUUUGUCCAUGUGUUUGUUUACUUUACAUGUUGUGCAAGUGUUUUUGCUACAGUUUUGUCCGGCGUCAUCUCCCUUGGGAUUUAUGAUCGUCAUGUGUUAUUAGCGAUCAAAUUUGCUAUGGAUAAUCUUCAGAGUCAACGAAACAAGGUUGUUUUCCCACCACCGUUUGAGCGCGGCGCACCACCCAGUUUACCUCCAUUCUUGUCGGUCAGCUCAUUUUUGCUUCAGAGGCCUCAUCGGAGGAAGCGGGGGAAGAGAGACUGCUUUCUUGUGCUGCUUUGUUGGCUUCGGAGAGAAGUGGACCUUCGGGGGCUUUAUUCCUGGGCUACUGCCGGUAAUAUACACCUAAGACUUGUCGGAGCUGGAUUAAUCCCCACAACCCCCUGUGUUUACCACCCGAGCUGUCAUCUGAAAGCAUGGAAAGCCACGGCUCAUCGCAGCAGGAACCCUGAUUUGCUGUGCGGUUUACCUCAUAGCGCAGACUCUCUUCCAGGCCACCCUACACCUGUCCCGGUGGGUCGCAAUGUUAAAAUGAUGUUAAUUAAUGCCCGGUCAAUUGCCAACAAGUCUUAUAUCUUAAAUGACUUCUUCUGUGCAGAGAAGCUUGAUUUUAUGUUUAUCUCUGAGACAUGGCAGCGUGAGAAUGAAGUCUCACAUCUUUUAGAGCUAUGUCCCGCAGGCUGUUCAUUUCUCUGUGCACCUCGGAUAUCUGGACGAGGACGUGGAACAGCUUUAAUCUUUAAAAAGAAAUUUUUAUGCCAGAUGAUCUCUUCAAGCUGCUACAACCCUUUUGAGAUGAUUAUGAUAAAAAUUGGAAGAGAUCAGCAUAUGUACGGUAUCGUAAUUUAUCGUCCACCUGGCUCUGCUGCGUCUUUUCUGUCAGACUUGCAAGAAUUUUUAACUUCCACUAUUAAAAUGUGCAAGGUAUUGUUGGUGACUUCAACAUUAAUGCAGAACACUCAUCAAAUAGUACCACUAAGGAGUUCCAGAGCAUCAUGGACUCUUUUAAUUUUGUUCAGCAUGUAUCAGGUCCUACUCAUACUGCUGGGCAUACUCCGGACUUGAUCUUCACUUAUGGUGUUUCCCUUGAACACUUGAACUUAAAUGACUGAUGGUUUUUAGUGAACAUAAGUCAUUCUCUUUUAAUGUAUCUGUCAACUCAGUCUCUUCCCCAAGGUUUUAUUAUUGAUGACUCGAUCAUUUCUAAGUUUUGUCUUUUUAAUUUUAAAACUUCUUCUGACGAUAUUGAGCUCCUUAUUAAGUCUUUUAAUGAACACGGUCUUGCCACUGUCAAUCAGGUUACUCCUUUCAAAACUGGGCAUUGCUCUGUUAGUUCCUGCGCACCCUGGUUAAAUAAUCAAACUUGUGGUCUUCAACGCGUAUGUGGCGUCCAUCGUGAACACUUCAAAGAACUUCUUCACUUAUAUAAUGAGUCAGUGAAAGAGGUUAGAUCCUCUUAUUUCAAUAAUCUUAUAAAUCGUCAUAAGAAUAACCCAAGAAUUCUAUUUGAUACCAUCAACAGUAUUGUUUCUCCUCCAACUCAGCAUGCUGUGUUACUUUCUGAUGAAGAUUGUAAUACUUUUCUCAACCACUUUGUAAAUAAGGUGAUGGACUUGAGACCCAAGUGCCUCCCCUUAUGAUGCUCCUUGGUGUCCUGGGUCAUUUACUUCUUUUUCUUGAAUCACAUUUAAUGAUUUAAUUACAGUAAUAGGUAAAAUGAAAUCCUCAUCAUGCUCUUUAGAUAUAUUGCCUCCCUCUGUCCUGUCUGUGACUUUCACCAGCAUCGCUCCCACAUUGCUAUCCAUCAUCAACAGUUCACUGAGGCAAGAUUGUGUUCCAUCCUAUUUUAAACAUGCCGAGGUAACUCCUCUAUUGAAAAAAUAGAAUCUAUAUCCUAGCUCUACUAGUAAUUACCGGCCUAUGUCAAAAUAGCCAUUUAUAAGCAAAUUACUAGAAAAAAUUGUAGAAAAUCAGUUCAGGUCCUUACUAUGCAGAUUACAGAUUGCUGACCCUUUUCAGUCUGGCUUUCAAAAGCAGCACUCCACUGAGACCGCUCUCUUAACUAAGGGUCUAUAAUGACCUAUUAAUGGCUUCUGAUGCAGGGAAUUGUUCUGUGGUCAUUUUGCUUGAUCUCAGCACAGCCUUCGAUACCAUUGACCAUAAAAUCCUAUUUAACAGGCUAAAAGUUUUGCUGGUAUAUCUGGCUCUGCCUUAGACUGGUUUUCUUCCUACUUAUCAGUAAGGACCUUUUCUGUUAGGACUGACAGGUUCACCUCUGACAUUGCCCCCUUAACCUGCAGGGUUCCACAGGGUUCAGUUUUGGGUCCAUUAUUAUUUUCUUUUUACAUCUUUCUUUUUGCUGGCAUUAUUCAGUCUUUUAGUGACAUUUCUUAUCAUUUCUAUGCCGAUGACAUUCAGCUGCAUAUGUCCUUUAAGCCUCAUCAGCUCGAUAGGCUGUCCAUCCUAGUCCAGUGCUUAACUCUGGUUUCUGAUAGACUUUCUAGCAACUACCUUGUUUUAAACACGAACAAGACCGAGACUAUGAUCAUAGCUCCUCCUGAACUACAUUCUGAAAUCAGUCAGGUUCUUGCCUCUUUCUGUCCUCCUUCAAAAUCUUGGAGUAAUAUUUGAUUCUUCUCUGGGGCUUGACUCGCAUGUAAAAUCUUUGCCUGGUUCAUGUUUCUUUCAUUUAAGGAACAUUUCUAAACUACGAAAAAUGGUCUCCUUAACUGAACUGGAAUAAAUUGCUCUUGCAUUUGUGUCAUCACGUUUAGAUUAUUGUAAUGCCCUGUUUACCAGCUUGGACAAAUCAUUUCUUUCUCGCCUCCAAGCUAUACAAAAUGCAGCAGCCAGACUACUAACUCAUUCUAGCAAGCGUGCUCACAUUACUCCUAUUUUAUAUUCUUCACAUUGGCUCCCAAUAGAUUUUAGAAUCCGUUUUAAAAUUCUUUUUUUCACAUACAGAGCACUGAAUGGCCAGGUUAUUUGGCCAUGGUCAGAUUAUUUAUCAGAGCUUCUUACAAAAUACACUGCUGCUCAUUGUCUCCACUCAUAGACUCAGAGUUUUUUGUUUUUUGCCCAUACACUACUGAAGACGAAAGGGGACAGAGCCUUUCAGUCUGUGGCACCAAUGCUGUGUAACAGUGUACGACCACAACUACACUUUGGUUGACUCUGUGGAAUCCAUUAAAAAACAGUCAAAACUUUUCUGUUUAAACAAAGCUUCUGUUGAUAAAUGUUCUUUUUUUUAAAACUUUUUGUAUUAUUUAGAUUGUCUAUUUUGUUACUUAACGUUCUGUUUAUUUUAACUUUCGUGUACAGCGAUUUGUGACUGCCUGUCUAUGAAAAGCGCUUAAUAAAUAAACUUUACUUACUUACUUACUUACACAUGCCAUAUUAAUGCUGUAAAUAAAUGCUGUAAAUACAGUUUACAGCAGUGUAAAUACAAUUUAAAUAUCAGAAAAUCAGAGCCGCUUCAUGAAAGGCUGAAACUCUUUCUCUAACAUUCACUCUCUUAAAGUGUUUCCUCAACACUGUUCUGCACCUGUAGCAUUCAGCUUUUUAUUCUUAGAUUUAAAGAGAGACUUUGAAGUACAGUCAAAUUGUCUUAAAUUGUCCACUAUUCUCUAACUGUAAUUUUGUUAAAGCCAGACAUCUUCAAGUUCAAAUAAGGUAAAAUUUUCACAAUUCCCUUUUGUCUUUACAACUAUGCUUAAAAUUCUACUGCCUUUGUUUGUAUUAGCAACAUUUAUUUUAUUAUGGCUUUGUUAUGUUCAUUAGAGUAGCAGGUUAUAGCCAUUUAAAUACAUAACAAUUUGAAUACAUAUGCAAUCUUCUAGUUAAAAAAAAGUUUGAAAACAAAAUAAGCUUUUUUUCACUUUAUUUUUAUUACUAAACAUUAAAACACAUUUUAUUAAUCAAUUAAAUUAAUGGACUAUUUAGACAUAAAUAAAUACAAAAAAAACUAUACUUAAAAUGUCUAAGUGCAUGCUCAAUCAUCCAGGUAAGGAAAUAUAUAAGGGUAUACUUAAAAUAAUGUGAAGUAUAUUGAAAUGUGUUUUAACAGAAGAAAUAACAAAACCUGCACUUUGCAUUUCUUUUUACUACCCUACAAACUAAAAGUACAUGUCAUGGUCCUGAGUCAGGUUACUGUGUUUAAGUUUUGUUUAUUCGGUGUUCUGGGAUUUUGUGGGGAUUUUCAUGGUUUUGUCUUUUGUAUUUCAUGUCCCUUAGUUAUUCUUUAGCACCUCUGUGAUUUUCCAGCCUUUAGGUUUUGUCUCUGUGCCUCCCUUGUUCCUUGUGUUGUCUUGUGUUCCUGGUUCGAUGUUUGUGUUGUUUCCUGUUUUACAUUGAAAGUCCCAUGUCCUAUCGCAGUGUGUCUAGUUUUGCUUCCCUUUGUAAUGUUAUGUCUAAUUAAUCAGAGUUGUGUUUCCCUCCUGUUUCCCAUUCCCUCAUUACUCCACUGUAUUAUUAAGCCCUGUGUUUUCCUUUGUCCUUUGUCGUGUCGUACCUCCUCAUGUGUUUAAGUCUCCCCAUGUUCUAGUUUCAGUCCUGUGUUUCUAGUUUUCUGGUGGUUCAUUCCUAGUUCUUAUGUUCAGGGGUUUAUUUUAUUUUUUGUAAGUUUUGGGUUAUGGACUAUUCGCCCAGCAAUAAUGCUGUUGCUUUAAGUUCACCUUUUUGCGUUCGAGUCCUGUAUUUGGGUCUGUCAUCCUGCCUGCCACACAGCCUCACAUGAGUACAUCGAAAAAGAAUAAAGACAAUAAAUUCAAAACAUAAAAAGGAAAAAAUUCCCUUUUAACAGGAAGAAGCCUCUGGUAGAACCAGGCUCUACUUUUAAAAACUCUUUUUUUGUCAUAUAAUCAAGAUUACAAAGUAGUCCAAAGUGACUGCAUCUGAUUUUGCUUUAAAGUGGUGUGAUGACCCCUAGGCACUAAGUGUUUGGCAUUUUGUGUUGUAGUUUGGGCACUUUUUGAGGUAACUAGCUGAGCUACACCUGGGCUAGGGGUGGGUGAUAUAUCAAAUAUACUCGAUGUAUCGCAAGUUUUUCCACGUACGAUGCCUUCAUUGUAACUAUUGAGUAGAAGUUGCCAUGGGAAUAUUAAGCCGUCUGCGCAUAAUUCACUGAGUUAUUUUUUUUUUCCCCACACGUGGCGAAUGCAUCAUUAAUCCCCCAUUCACAACUGGAGAAUUUUCUACCCAGCACACUGCACUGAGCAUGCAUGUUUGUAUGCGACCAGAUAGGGAAAAAUAUGGUGACAGUGAGAGUUUCAGAUGAGCGAGGGAAUGAGAGAUGUUGUUUGGAUUUCAUGAGGAGUGUAUCACACAAAAUGUGGUAAUUUGCAAUACAUGCCGUAAAAGUAUUGCCGCUAAGGUAGCAGUACCAUGGGUUUAUUCCACCAGCUGAAAAAUCAUCUACUGCCAAAUGAAGACUUUUUAAAACUCUGCAUGUCAGGGUUUUCCCACAUACCAAAGAAAACAUUAUAUAAACCAGCUGUGAUACCUGUGACUGUUCUUGGUCAGUUGUUUUUAUAGUCACUUUGUAAUUUGAGGUCAACGCAUUUUUUAUUUCACCAUUAUGUUUUGUUAGCACAAAAGAGGGUGUUUUUUUUUUUUUUUUAUUUUAAUUGUUAUGCCUCGUGAAUUAUUGCUUGAUGUAUUGCUAUGAUUUUUUGUUUCUUAAAGGUCUAGUGUUUAUCACGGAGAAAGGCUUACUCUCACAUUAUCGUCAUUUGUGAAAAGCCUCUGUGUGCAAUUGGUGGUCAAAUAAAACAUUUCAAUAAA